AUGUGCACAACGCCAUACGAGAAGGUCCACGGCACAAAGCCGGACCUGGGUGGACUCCACAAGUGGGGGUGCCGAGUAUGGGUGAAGAUAGAGGGGCGGAGCAAGCUUGACGCGCAAGCUGACAAAGGACGCUUUGUUGGCUAUAGUGCUGAAAGCAAGGGGAUACUGGUGUACUGGCCGACAAAACAGAAGGUCAGCGUCGAGUGCAACGUGCGCUGGGAUGACUCACCGGUACCGGACGUCAUUAUUGACGAUAAUGACAGCCCAAACGACAACGCACGGACGCUGGCGUGCUCUGCAAAGGGUGCAGGUCGCACAAGCGCACCUGGCGCCCUAGACACAACGCCGUUGAACGCUGUCGAUGCGUCGCGGCUCAAAACCGAGUCACGCGAGCCUACAAGCAUCCUGGGAGGUCAACAGGACAACGUGGUGCCAGCGCAACUCGACGCAAGUGCAACAAGAGGUCAAAACCUACCUGUAACCCCGGAUUAUAUCCCCAAGUGCUCCAAUUCUCCUCACAGCGUCGAAACGACGCGUCCCCGUCGCACUCCCAAGCCUUCUGAGUAUAUCCGACGCCUUGAACAAGGCGAAGGAACGACGACAGGCAGCGCACGAGCGCCAGCUGUCCCUCGCGGCAUGCAAGCAUCCAAGGACCCCAAACCAGACCUUGAGUCAAAUCCUGUCGACAGUGCGCAGCCGAUGAAGAGGCCGAUGAAGAGGUCCUGGAGGAGGUGGAGAUGCUAG